GACCAGACAGACACAAAGCCGUUCACCUGUGCGCACAAAGAGGAAUAAUCUGGAUCAGGAGAGCGACUAGCGAACCAGCAACCCUCCAGAAACCAUCGACAUGCUCCCAAGCAAAGCUUCAGCCACGUUCAACACUACAACACUACACAAAAACAGCUCAACGAACCCAAAGGGGAACGUUGCUACAACCUACAAGUGAAAACUCCGCACCACUUCACAAAACAAUAAAUCUCUCCAAGCAAAAUCCAGACUCACUGAGGGUCACAACAGUAAAAUGUCUGAGGCUGAUGGAAUAGUGUACUCGGAUGUUAAGUUCACAAGACCGAAGAGAAACACCCGUGGGACCGUUUCCUCAGAGGCUGAACCCACAUACUCUGAAGUCAGGUACUUGAAGACUCAGCCAUCCACAGAGCUCCCUGGUUCCCAACAACACCCAGUGUCAAAUGGAGGGUCAAAGGUCACAGCAGAGAGAGUGGUCAUAGUAGUUCUCAGUGCUCUCCUGGUAGCUGCUGUCAUCGCUCUCAGCUUUACCUAUUCUAAAAACAUUCAAACCAUGAAAUGUCUCCAAAAUCUGUCAGCUGUGAACAAAAAUCUCACAGAGAGACGCUGUGAAGUAAAAUCAUGCAACACGGUGCAGCAAACAUGUCCACAACCUCCUGUAGUAAAAGAAAAUGACUCAUGUACAAAAUGUGAACAUGGCUGGGAGCAGCAUGGAAGACAGUGUUAUUAUUUCUCCACUGAUUAUUUAACCUGGAGUAAGAGCAGAGAUGAAUGCCGACAGAAAGGAGGAGAUCUGGUUCAGAUAGACAGCAGAGAGGAGCAGACAUUCCUGGAGCUGAAACUGAGAGAAAAAAUGAACUCUGAUGAGGACAAGUUCUGGAUCGGACUGACAGACUCAGAGAAAGAGGGCACAUGGUUGUGGGUAGACGGCUCACCACUGAACGAGAGGUUGACAUUUUGGAACGGCAGUGACCCAGAUAACUGGACAGUGGGAGAUCCUGAUGGAGAGGACUGUGUGAGGAUGGGAGAGAAAACAGGAGCUCCUGAUCUGAAAUGUUGGUUUGAUUUCUCCUGCAAAGCGUCUUUCAGAUAUAUUUGUGAGAAACCAGCAGAAACUGGACAUUGUAAGUGUCUGAAGUUUAAAUGAAGUCUCAGCCUCUUAAACAAUCUACUUUAUCUACUCUAUUUAAUCAAGAUACAGAAUUUGGAGAUGUUUUAUUUUUAUAUGUGUAAUGUUACAAUAAAUGAAUAAAUAAGGAAAAUAUUAAAAUGCAGUUUUUUUAAUGUGGCCAACAAUACUAUUAUAUAUUAUAUCAUCAGACUAUAGUAUUCUUAUGUAUUAAUGGAAAAGCAGCUUUUUACUGUCAUAGUUUGUUGAGGUGGAGCUCAUUUUUAACUGUUAUCAUGUUAUUAUAUUAAUUGCUGUUCAUAUAUAUGAUUGUUUUCACAAUUCAAUGUUUUAACAUGAAAAAUUACUUAAACAAUUAUCACCAGUUUAUUUUCUGUUAAUCGACUAAUCAUUUCUGCUGUACUUGUAUACUGUUGGGUAGUUACAUUUAUAUUAAAACAUAACAUUUUAUAAA